AUGCGAAAUCUAUUAAUAAUUCUCUUUGUCGCACUUUCGACAAUCUUUCUUCUCGCAGAUUCGAAAUCAACGACAGGAGAUCGAGUAUUGGUCUUAUUGGAUCGCGGGGGUGACAAAAAAUCAUAUAGUCAAUUUUUCAAAAUCCUAGAAG